UGCAGUCACUAUGAACAAGAUCGGAAUGCACUUAAGAGGAAGGAAUGGGAGCGAAGAAAUCAAGAAGUCCAGCAAGAUGAAGACCUCUUCGCCUCUGGCUUUAAUCUCUUUGGAGAACCAUACAAGACCAGCAAAGGAGAUGCACUUGCCAACCGUGUGCAGAACACGUUGGGGAACUACGAUGAGAUGAAGGACCUGCUCACCAACCAUUCCAACCAGAGCCACCUUGUCGGCAUCCCAAAGAAUCCUGUGCCACAAACCCCAGUUGACAAGAAUGAGCCGAAUUUUUUCCCCGAGCAAAGGAACCGGAUGGUUGCAUCCCACCAGAUGGGUGGGAACACCUCAACGGCCAUGCCUCCCCCAUCUUCCCUGUCCUCCAAUUCAAAUUUGCUGAAUGGCCACCAGAGCAGCAGGAAAUCCAGAACGGACUGGUCCCGUGGCAACCACAGCUCUAGUGGCGGCCAGUCGAACCAAACCAGUAGCCAACCCAAUCGGACCAAACAUAGCUCUUCUCAUGAGCCAACGCAAGGCAGAUAUGAGGACCUCUAUCCCUGCCAGAACGAGCCCCAGAAAACUGGAGGAGGGGAGGAACUCAACACCCCACCUUCAUCUUCACAUUCAAGGAGGCACAAUCACUCCAAACCCACAACGGCCGAGCACUCCUACAAAGAAACCACCCACUCGAAGUCUCCAGUGGAUCUUGAUUUUCUGAGCCACGGAUCUCCUCUUCCUUCUACAUCUUUGCUAUCCGCCGCUAACAAUCUUUCCAACCAGAACUUCCCUCCUGGACUCCACUGUAAAAGCAGUAUGAUCCAGCAGAAGCCCACUGCUUACGUUCGACCCAUGGAUGGCCAGGACCAAGUCCCGAAUGAUUCCCCAGAACUAAAACCACCCAUAGAAACUGAGGGGGUCUAUGGGAACCAAUCCUUUGGAAGUCUACUGGAAGGGAAAACCACCGGAUCCAGUUCUAAGAAUAAACUACCAAAGCUUACCAUUCCUCAAAUGAGUGAAGUUAGCCUUCCCAAUGACUCCAACUGUGUGGAGGAGAUAUUACGGGAGAUGACCCAUUCAUGGCCUCCACCUCUCACUGCUAUCCACACUCCCGGGAAAGCGGAACAGAACAAAUUUACUAUCCCGAGCAAGGAUUGCCAGCAUCUGACCUCAGGAUACCCUGCACAAAAAUGGAAUGAGCCUACCAAUAAAUCCUCCACGAAAAUGCUUGAAGAUGACUUGAAACUCAGCAGUGAUGAAGACGAUAAUGAUCAGACCACAGAGAAGACAAAGCCUCGAAACAUUCCUGCAAAUGGCCUUCCAUUGCCAACAGCACACAACACUGUCCUCAUACAUUCCAGUGGUGGAUCUGGAAGCUCCAGUGAAUCUGAAAGUAGUUCAGAAUCUGAUUCAGACAGUGAAACCAGCUCCAGCGAUAGUGAAUGCAAUGAAGAAUCACGUAGCGGAACUCCGGAGCCUGAACCCCCCUCAGCUAACAAGUGGCAGCUGGACAAAUGGUUAAACAAAGUCAAUCCUCACAACAAGACUAUCAUCAGCAAUCAACAUGACGGUCACGGGGAGAACAGCGUUCCAUCGCAAACCGCGGCUCAGAUGGAAGGACAGAACAAAGGGAAGGUAAACAACAGCUUGUCCUUGCCCGAUUCCAAAGACAGGACCCUCCGCAGCCCCAUCCGAGAGAAAGCCAAACCCCGGGUGGCCCAGAAAACCCCAGCCGAAGUGAAAAGUUCCAAGCAGAAAUCCCCUGUCCACAAUGAACCGGUCCCCCAAAGGACGACUGGGAAGAAGCAACCCAAAAAAGUCGAAAGAACUUCCAGUGUGGAAGACUACAAUUGGCCCAAACCAAAUAUGACUAGCAGCACCCCCAAAGACAAGGAGGCGCAAGAGAGCCCAGAGCAGGCCAAACUGAGGGCGAAGAUGGCCGCUGGGAAGACCGCUCCGAGGAAGGAGCCUAGGGCCACCACCGGCCCUCCUCUGGAGAAGAAAAAGUACAGAGGUCCCAGCAAAACUUUUCCCAAGUCGCGAGAGUUCGUGGAAACGGACUCGUCCACCUCUGAUUCGAACACCGACCACGAAGAGAGCCUGCAGGCCAAAAGUCUGCAAGGAGGGAGCGGCUCGGACAGCAGCAUCAAAGCCAAGGACUCCAGUAGCAACAUCCUCAGCGUCAGCAGUUUAAUGAGCAAUAACAGCAACACUUCGGUGGACCAGAAUGGGCCAGAUUUGGAAGAGCAGCUUUUCUCACCUCUUCCCAUUGUCCAGAAUGAACCCCUGUCCCCCUUGAAGGAAUUCGAAGAACUCAAGUACCUUUGGGUGAAAAUAGACCUGAGUUUCCUCUCUCGGGUUCCCGGGCAAGAUCUGGACUUUGAGAACGUCUCCGGAAAGGUGGAAGCCCGAGAGGUCAACGUCAAGCAUCGGCGACAGGCACCCGACUCUCCCUUGCCCCUGGCUGAAAAACCGUCUGCUAAAACCAAAAGGAAGCACAAACAGUCUGAAAACGUGGACAUAUUUGGCGACAGCAAGAAACAACGUUUAGAAGAGUCUCCGGCUUCCUCUUUGCUUCCACCCUGCAUUUCACCGAUACCCAACCACAGAAUACCCGGCAUAAAAGAAAGCAACUCCAUGAAAAAAAUGACCAAAAAGAGAGAAGAAAAGCUCUUCCCACCUCCCUUGUCUCCUCUGAUGGACGAGACAGCCCCGCGGCAUAACAUCAUGGACAGCAGCUCCUUCAACCAAGAGAACUCCCUCCCAAGCUCCUUGCAGACCAACACCUGCUCCAAACACAGGAAGAAUGAGAACAAAUCUUCUGCCAACUCCAAGGGAGUCAGUGAGGAAGACAUUCACAACAGGCCUUCUAAUCCUUUGCUGGAAUCCAGCCACCUCGACAACAAUCUCUGGUUGACAAGUCCCACCUUCACCAACGGGAAUCCUGAAUUGAGAAGACCCAAGAUAACGUUUGAUGAUAUGCUUCACAAUGCUGAUUAUUACAUGCAAGAAGCCAAAAAACUCAAGCAUAAGGCAGAUGCUCUGUUGGAGAAAUUUGGCAAAGCCGUGAAUUAUGCCGACGCGGCGAUCUCCUUCAUCGAAUGCGGGAAUGCUAUGGAGCGUGAUCCGUUAGAGGCGAAAUCUCCAUACACCAUGUACUCUGAGACGGUGGAACUCAUCAGGUAUGCCAUGAGGCUUAAGAAUUUCACGGGGUCUUCCGCCACAGAAGGAGACAAGAAACUUGCAGUCCUCUGCUACCGCUGCUUAUCCCUCCUCUAUCUGAGAAUGUUUAAACUGAAGAAGGAUCAUGCAAUGAAGUACUCCAGAUCCUUGAUGGAAUAUUUUAAGAAUUCAUCCAAAGUUUCACAGGCCCCUUCUCCUUGGGGUGGCAAGAGCACAGAAACGCCAUCCCCUAUGUCUCUGAGCCCCUCACCCAUCAGCAACCUUGGAAGUACCACAAGCACGGCAGGCUCCUCUUCGGUGGGGACUGUCAGCAUCCCCCAACGGAUCCACCACAUGGCUGCCAGCCAUGUCAACAUCACCAACAAUGUCUUGCGGAGCUACGAACAUUGGGACAUGGCUGACAAACUGACAAAAGAAAACAAAGAGUUCUUCAUAGACUUGGACUUGGUGAUGGGUCCAUUGACACAACACAGCAGUAUGACCAACCUGGUCCGUUACAUUCGUCAAGGACUCCAUUGGCUUCGCACCGAAGCACACUUGUUGUAGUGACGGCCACGCCCCCCUGUCACAACUCCAUCCCGUU